AGUUAGGUUAUUCUACACGGCUGAGAUCUAAACUCCUCUUACAGCGCCCUCUUCAUUCUCGGGUUCAUUCAAGGAUCCAAUGCUUCAGUACUUGACGCUAGCAACCUCUAAAUCUCCACUGAUGUACCACUUUUAUGGUUUGCAAACUCUUCCUGCGGGAUAUUUUGAUGUCGUGAUCAGCAGUGUUUAUUGCGUUUUAACUAGAGAACCCCAGGUUUAGAACGCCACAAAUGCAUUCGAGAACGAUAGAUCCAAAAGCAAAGAAGCCACAUACAGAUUUGUGUGGGGAUCUUUACAAGGGACCUGAGAGUAGCAGAUCCUCAACAUUGAAGAGAGACAUGAAAACUACAGAACAAGAUGCAUAACUAUGCAGUCACACGUCUCUGUCUUGUGAGACUAGAGUUCUUUGAGUCCUAGGUCCAGAAUAUACCCAUCCUUUCAGGGUACCACAGGCCUCUUACUCGCUGCCAUCCCAACCUCCAUGACCAGCAGAUAAGACCCAACGAGGAUAGCUUCUCAAGAACCCAUCAAGAGCGGGUCGAUCCCUACUCCUGGAUGCAGAACCCUACGCUCGCCUGCGUUAGGCUGGCGGGCCCUUUGAUGAUGGCAUAAUUGCCAUCUUGUCGCCUCUUAAACUAGCGUCUACUCUAUCUCGACUUUUCUUGCAAGCCUUUUACAGUACAUCUCCGUGGGCCCGAGACACUUUUCCUCUUCCCAUUCCAGCGGCUGCGUCUAUAUAUCAACAGCUUAUCUUUCUUGGCGGUCACCUCUGAUUCGCACCCCUCUUUGUCUGCAGAGGCUGUCAUUGCCAGUAUGGCGUUCAACCACAAUAAGGAUGAGGAUGUCGUCGCUGGCGAUGGUCCUUCUGAGCAUAACUAUGACUCUGGACGCUUGAAUGAUACGGAAGAGGCCGAGUCUAUAGACCCGGAUUCUGGCGUUAAGCGUGGUCUGAAGAAUCGGCAUUUGUCUAUGAUGGCUUUGGCUGGUAUCAUCGGACCCGGACUUCUUGUUGGUGCAGGUGGUGCAUUGAAUGUCGGAGGACCGGCUGCAUUGCUCAUUGGAUUUGGUGUUGUCGGUAUCAUCGCAUUUUGUAUUAUGCAGUCCCUUGGCGAGGUGACAACACUAUACCCUGGCGGAGGCUCUUUCAUCUCUCUCGCCGAACGCAUGGUAGACAAGUCCUUUUCUGUCGCUGUAGGUUGGAAUUACUUUGUUAUUUGGGCCGCUGUCCUCGCCAACGAGUACAAUGUCAUCUGCAGUAUUCUCACUUACUGGGGACCCGUCGUUCCACUAUGGGGUUACUUCCUUAUCUUCUGGAUAGUUUUCAUGGGAUUCCAACUUCUGGGUGUUGAAGCUUUUGGCGAGGCCGAGUUCUGGCUUGCGCUUAUGAAACUCCUCGGAUUAACAGCGUACUUCAUCUUCGCCAUAAUUUACGCCGCUGGUGGCUUGGUCGGUCAGCAUGGAUCUGUAGGCUUCAAAUACUGGAGCGACCCGGGAGCUUUCAACGGAAAUGGCUUCCGUGGCGUUGCAUCUGUCUUUGUGUUCUGCUCGACAUUCUACUCCGGCGUUGAGUCUAUCGCCGUGGCUGCUACAGAAACGAGAAAUCCUGGUGUGGCAGUUCCUCAGGCUAUUCGGCAGGUCUUUUGGCGUAUUAUCUUCGUCUACAUGGGAUCAGCUUUCUUCUUCGGAAUCACCUGCCCUGCUAACGCGGAGGGACUGGUGAAUGGAGGUUCCAAGGCUCUUCAGAGUCCCAUGACCAUUGCGAUUCAGAAUGCUGGAUGGCAAGGAGGCGUCCACCUUAUCAAUGCCUUCAUUCUUCUGACUUGCUUGUCCGCUAUUAACUCAUCCAUCUACUUUGGCUCUCGAACUGUUUUCUAUAUGGCGCAGUCUGGCAAGGCUCCCAAGGUAUUUGGCUGGACCAACAGCCGAGGUGUUCCAGUCUGGGCAAUUUUCAUCACCAAUGCUGUCGGUUCUAUUGCCAUGAUGAAUGUCUCUACUGGUGCCUCCAAGGCUUACAGCUAUAUCGUCAACCUGUCUGGUGUCAGUGCUUUCCUUGUCUGGGGCAGCAUCUGCUUUAUCCAUAUCCGCUUCCGUCGUGCCUGGGUCACUCAGGGUCGCAGUCUCGAUGAGCUUCCGUACAAGGCACUCGGCUUCCCAUACCUCGCCUGGUUUGGCCUUGGGGCUUGCAUCUUCUUGGCUUUGGUUCAAGGGUGGACUACGUUAUCGCCGUUCAAUGCUGGAAACUUUGUGGAUGCUUAUAUCCUGGUGCCAUUGUUUGGUAUCAUUUACGUAUUCUGCAAGCUUUUAUGGCGCGGAAAGGAUCCUCUCAAGCGUAGUUACAGCAUCGAUCUCGACAGUGGCAGAAGAGAGGACCUGGAUUACAAGAGUGGCCCAACAGAAAGGGAUGUCCCUGGCCAAACGCCUUGGUGGAAGAAGGUGUGGGCUUGGUUCUGAUUUGAAUCAGUGAAAUUGUUGAACUUUCGGUUUGCGACGUUGGGUUUUUCAUGAUACCUAGUUACCUUACGAUUGCAAUCAAAUAUAACUGGCUUCUCUGCCUACAUAUGUUGUACAUUGAUAUAGGUCGCCUACAAAAUUGCACUCUCAGAGUGAGAGGACGAGGCAUCAUUGCCAAAAUAUAGAAAGCACAUAGUAUCACUCAUCACGAAGGGUCAGUGUAAAGUUUUAAAGAGGAAAAGCUGUAUAUGUAUAUAGAUUGAAUCUCCAU